UGUCAUAGAGGUUCUCGUUCACAACAAAUAACAACAGAGGUGGAACAGCUCCUUGCCUCACUCCCAGAGCAAAAUGACGAAUAGUCGUGUUGAUGCUGCAUUCGAAAAAUAUUACAGGGAAUGUUUCGAUAUUUUCGAUGAAGACAAAAGUGGGAACAUUGAUAGUAGAGAGCUGGGGAAUGUACUGCGAGCGCUGGGCUUCAAUCCGACGGAGCAGAACGUGAAAGAGUACCUCACCAAAAUAGAUACCGAUAAAAGUAACACAAUAGAAUACGAAGAAUUUAGAAAUUUUAUCAUAAACUUAGAACAAAAAAAGCCAGAACCCGACCAAUUAAGAUCCGAUUUGUUAGCCGCCUUUAAACUGUUCGACUUGGACGGUAAUGGCUUCUUAUCGUCUGACGAGUUGAAAAACAUCGUGAAAACCAUGGGCGAAUCGUUGACUGAAGAUGAUUGUAAGAACUUGGUGCAAGAGGCAGACAGUGAUAACGACGGCCACGUGGAUUAUGCCGAAUUCGUCGAGAGAAUGUUGAAACUAUAAUUGAUUUAUGCAAAGCAUCCUUUAAAGACCAAUGUGGCCACUGAAAAAAAGUUACCGUGCAACAAAAGAGACUGAGGAAUAUAAAACAGACAGUGGUCCGGCUGCCACGCGAGGAACUCUUUUGGCCCAAAGUUCUAUUCAGACGAUUAAGUAGAGGUAUAUGAUACUAUUAAUAUCAUUUCCAGCGAGCGGUUGAUCUUUAUUUUUUCCUUCCAGUGUAUCAGUAAAAAGACGCUGGUUUUUAUGUAAGCCUGUAAGCAAUUUGUAGAUGACGUAAAAAAAACUCAGCAUGACAUCACCGUCUUGUAAUUUAUGCCGAUGUGUGUUACUGUCCAGAUUGUGACGUCACAAAUUGCAACUUCAAACAAAAGGUUCAUUAUGAUUAAGUUAUAGCCAUCUAUGAAAAAUGUCCUUGUGUUCAGCUGGAGUUACUUGUAUGUCGUAUUCCUUAAAUACAUAUAGGACAUAUUGAUCAAUUUAUUAUCAACAUAAAGAUAUUGAUCCGUCCGAAUCAUCCGUAUAGCAGAACACUGAAAGAAAAACAUCAUCAAACCGUCCACACAGAGAACUCAAAUUUCAGCAGACCUAAAACCAUAGACUUUUGCGCGUCCUGUGCGUCUUAGUUCAAUAUGUUUGCAUAUAGAAACUUAUAUUACAUACUCAUCAAUUGAUUUUGGACACCUUAAAAAUCAUAAAUAAGCAAAACAAGCAUUGCGUAAAAAAUGGAUAGGGCAUACCCAAAGAUAUGUUUGCUUAGGUAACAUUAAUUUUGCUUAUGCAAAUCUCUACAAACAAUUUUACAUACCCAAUGAAAAUAUUUUGGGUAUGCAAUAUCAUUUGUUUUAAAUCAAGCUUAACGCAUUUAUGAAAUUUGGUAUGCAAAAACAAAUGUGUUUGUGAAUGGGGUAUUUCAUUUUGGAACAGAAGCAACAUUGUUGUGUUAUUUGUCGAAACUUUAGUUUUGCGUGUGCAAUUGAUAAUGUUUUUGAAAAUAAUAAAUCUUUUUUGUGUAUGCAAUAUUAUUUUUGCGUUUGCGAAAGUAAUGCUAUGCUCUUGCCGCGACAUAAUUAACGAAAGGCUAUGUUAGUUUUUGGUCCAAUGCAUGUCUGUUUGAAGACAUAUCGUGUUAUUCUGAAAGGCUUGUCAUAUUGUCUCAGUUUUAUAGCUAUUAAUGUAAAGCUACAUUGCUUAGCUUCGUAUUAAAACACCCGGCCUUUGCUAAGUACCACUCAAAUAUAAAAUGAUGAAGUUGCUGACAUGACUAUCUCAUUCAACAUUUACCAAACAUUGUUAAUAAAAUUAUCAUGACUU